AUGCGAAUUAAAAGAGUCGAAAUUGAUGGAUUUAAAUCGUACGCUCAGCGACAAAUUAUCGACGGAUUCGAUGCGCAGUUCAACGCGAUUACCGGUUUAAAUGGUUCGGGCAAAUCGAAUAUACUCGAUGCGAUUUGCUUUGUUUUAGGAAUAUCGAAUCUUAGUCAGGUUCGUGCUGCCCAACUUUCGGAUCUUGUUUAUAAGCAAGGGCAAGCGGGAAUUGCAAAGGCUACUGUAACAGUUACUUUUGAUAAUACAGAUCCUUCAAAUCGACCAGUUGGCUAUGAAAAAUAUGAAGAAAUCGUUGUUCGAAGACAAAUCAUAAUAAAUGGUCGAAACACUUAUACUUUAAAUGGCACCGCUGCUACCAAUAGUCGAGUGGCCGAUUUAUUUCGAUCAGUGGGACUCAACGUUAAUAAUCCGCAUUUUCUUAUAAUGCAAGGUCGUAUCACUAAAGUUUUGAAUAUGAAGCCUAUGGAGAUACUGGGAAUGAUUGAAGAAGCCGCUGGUACACGUAUGUAUGAAGCGAAAAAACAAAGUGCUUUACGAACCAUCGAAAAAAAAGAAGGCAAAAUGGCUGAAAUCAAGCAGGUGAUGGAAGAAGAUAUACUUCCACAAGUGGAAAAACUAAAGCGAGAUCGCUGCGAUUAUUUGGAAUAUCAGCGAAUCGAUCGUGAAGUGGAACUUUUGGAACGAAAAUUAGUUGCUUUCGAUUUUUUAACUAGUCAGUCACGUUCUUGUAAGCUUGAGAAAGCAAUAGAGGAAAUACUGGAAGAAAUUGGCAAUAAUGAUGCAUUCAUUGACGAAAAGAAAUUGCAACUAACGAAAAAAGAAGAAAUGUUGAAGGAAUUGGAAGAGGACAGAGAGAAGAGAUAUGGUGAUCGGAGAAAAUCGAUAGAACAUCGCGUAAAAAAACAAAGUUCAUUACUCACUUCAGUGGAAAGUCAACGUGAUGCACUUGUCGACAAAAUAAAGGAGAUGAAAAUAGCUAUCAGUCGAAAAAUGAAGAGUAUAAAUACGGAUAAAAAAGAAUUGGAAAAGAAAUUGGGUGACCUAAAAAAAAUGGAAAGUAUUAGUGGCGGUGAGGAAAAACAUGGGAAAAAUGCUGAAGAAACUGUUCGAAAAGCUAGAAAUAAGUUGGAAGCAAUCGCAAAAGGCAUGACAACUGACGAAGAAGGUCACGUAAUAAGUCUGGAUGCUCAACUGACAGCCCAAAGAAGUGCCCUUUGUGAUCUGGAUACUAAAUUGAAAACUGCUGAAAUGAAAUUGAAAAAUCUCGAGUCGUCUUUAUCUAAAAAACGGAGGGAAUUGGGCUCCUUGGAGCGUAAAAGUGGUAGCAAUGAAAAGCUCAAAUUGGAAAGAGAAUUACAUAAAGUGGAGAUGGAAUUGAAAAACUUAAAUUACAAUAAAGAUGACGAAAUUGGCUUAAUCAAUGAGCGUCGUACAAUUGUUGCUGAAAAACGAAAAAUUUGUGACGAAAUGGAUGUAUUUGAAGCAAGGAAUCAAAAUUUGAAAUUUGAUUAUAAAAAUCCAUGUGCAAAUUUUGAUCGACGAUUAGUGAAAGGUGUUAUUGCAAAUCUUUUCACUAUUAAUGAUAUGCGUUUCGCUACAGCUUUAGAAGUUGCUGCGGGCUCAAAUGUAAGUUUAUUCAUUUUUCAUCGAAAUUUCUGUUAA